AUGCGUCGCCUCAAAAUCGUCCAGGUGGAGGACCACUUCGAAAUGGUCUACAACCGUGAUUGGUCUCGCUGGGAUCUCCAUGUUCGCCCAGGAUGUGCGCGGCGCGAAUGCGUAUGCACCAUCGGCGUCUUUGGAACGUUUAAGACGGUGCUGACAUUCAACUGCACCAAUCUGUCUUGCGGCGCAGCGUACGCCCUUGUGGAAGUUUCUUCUGAACUGCAAAGGUUCAUGGUGCAGCAGGUCGCCUAUAUAGUCUUUAAAAUGAUAGAGAACGUGUUAAACAUCGUGCAACACUGCCUUGCUUUUACCAUGCACUCUCCGCUCUUCUAG